CUUUAUUGCAAACAUUAACAAUGGCUAAAGAAACAACCAUCUGCCCCAAGGAAGCAAUGUGCUCGGUUCUGUUCGUAUGCUGGGGCAACAUCUGUCGGUCCCCAACAGCAGAGGCUAUCUUCAAGCACCUACUCAAGGAGAGAGGAGUCAGUGAGAGCUGGAGGGUGGACAGUGCAGGGACUGGUGAAUGGAACAUCGGGGAGCUACCUGACCCAAGAGCUCUGCACACACUCAGGGUUCAUGGACUGGACUCAGAUCACAAAGCCAGGGUUCUGGUGGACGAGGACUUUGAACAGUUCGAGCACAUUGUUGUAUUUGAUGACAAGAACAUAAAAGACACUCUUGAGAUGGGACCAACAAGAUUGUCUAGAGAUGAUCUCAUUCUACUAGGAACAUUUGACUCUGUUCACGAUAGCAACAUUAUUGAAGAUCCAUACUAUUCUGUUAAUAAUGAAGACUUUGAAACAACAUAUUUAAUUUGUGAGAGAGCGUGUAAAUCUUUUUUGAAAUCCAUUACUUUAUAGAAACAGUCAUUUUUUUUUCAAGAAAUUAUCAUCAAAGGA